CAUGACCUCUUCCCUCAGAUGAGCUGCACAAGAGAAAUGAAAUCAUCGCCACCAUGACCAGAAGGUUAAAGCUCCUUGAGACUCAGCAGAGUGACCGCAAGAUGACCCUUGAGAAUACACAGCAGAAACUGCAAGAGCUGUCGCGGAAGGCUUCUGAGACCUCGCAUCACUGCCAGGCCCUUGAGGAGAAAAACAAGGUCCUCAGUUGCUCCGUGGUGGAACUGUCGAAUAAGGUGGGUCAGCUGCAGGCCAGAGAGCAGGAGCUGCUCACCAUGCUGAAGCUGAAGGAUAAUGAUAUACUUGAAGCAAGCAAUCACAUUACUGAAUUUACAUGUAAAUUUAAAACAUUAGAAAAUGCUCUUCGUGCAGCAAAGAUGGAAGAAUCAAGCAUCCACAGGGAAAAGCGGGAUUUUAAACUGAGGCUGAAGGAACUUAUGUUGGAAACAAGCAAAUUAAAAGGUGAUCUCAGUGAAAAAACAAAAGAAAACAAUGAGCAGAGGGAGGAGAUCAUACGCCUCAAACAAGAAAAUGAUUAUUUGAAUACUGAAUUGAUGCUUAGUGCUGAGAGAGCAAGCAGAAAAGACCAGCUCCUCCAGUCUGCGAAAUCUAAACAACUACGGACUGAUACGGAACUGAGCAAUUUGCGGCAGAUCUACGUGAAGCAGCAGCGGGAUCUGCAGUUUCUGCAUUUCAACUUGGAGAGCUCACAGGACAUGAAGCCGAAACCCGAGGAGGAGGGACAUGAAGUGAGCAGAGGGAUGGUUUUGUCAGAUCUCGAGAGCAGCAGCGACCGAGACACAGUCUGUAGUGAAACCAGUGAGAGGAAGCCCACCUGGUUUGUGUCGGCCCCCAGCUGCAGCUUGACAAGGACCUGCCAGGCAUGCAGGGCCGAGAGUAGGUGGCCAGCGGGGACCGAGGUGAGACAGCCGGCAAGCUUGGAUCCGUUCCAGGAAGGGCCGGCUCACGGGGCCAGAGCUCUGCACGGGGAGGAGUCGAAGCAGAGCGGCUCCGUGCACGUGCAGGACACCAGCGGCAGGCCGGCCUCGCAGUCGGAGGGCCCGUGGAAGGCCGAAGACCGGGAGGCGGCCUGGGCCACGGCGCUACCGAUGCAUGAGCACUGGCUCCAGCUGCCUCCCUCGAGCUGCGGCGGGGGAGAGCCGGGCCCUGCCGGGUCCUGGGGCCGGCCAGGUCCCGGCGAGCCCCGCAGUCCGGCUGAAGCGCUGGAAUCGGGCUGUGGCUCCCGCAGCUCCCUGCGCAGAGUCACACCGUGCCUGUCAGUGAGCGACCAGGAGUGGAUGCGGAUUUUCAAGCCUGUCCAAGGGGAAGGAGGCGUGUGGUGCAGAGCUUUCUCCAGUAGUCCGCAAGCAGCUCGUGGCAUUCAAAGUGCCAAGUCGAAAAGCGACCAUGACAUCGGCCUGAAUUUUUGGGACGUGGAUGCUCCGUGCUUGACGUCGACACAGAAAACGAGCGAGCCCAAGAAGCACAAGACAUUCCUCGACACCGAGGUCCCCUUGGAGCUCCUGGGGGCGUCACACAUCCAGGAAGCCAGCGAGAGUGGCCACCCCUCCAUCCACCACGAUUCCUGCUCGCCCGCCAGCAAGCUGCAGCGGCUUUUGGCACAGUCCCGGCAGAUGGUAGCAGACUUGGACCUCAGCAACCUGCUCGGUGCCAGCCCUGGCCGCGGCCCCAACGGCAGCCUUCACAUGGCUGUGGAAUGUUCUGAAAUGCUGAGCAAAGGAAGACUGCCCGUUGCAGAAGAAAGCGAGACGCAGCUCUCUCUCUUCUCUCUAUGACCUCAGCUGUCCCUGCAUUUUGCUCACAAGAGCAGAGAAAAUAUCGUUGUAAGUGCACCAUUCCUGAGGAUGCGAGAUUGAUGGUGGUGUGGUCAGCAUCAGUGGAUGAUCCCCCAACCUUCUCCUGCAGCUUGUAUAAAACCCUGAAAACCUCAUGAGCGAGCCAAGUCAAAUAUCUGGGACUAAAUGGUGGGAUUCAUUUCCUAAUCGUUUUUAAAAAAACCAGCUAGAAUUAUGCUAAACCAUAAAAACGACCAUGUAGCACAUCUCUAGUUAAAUUAAUUGGUAAUGUGUUUUUAGAAGGUUAUUUAAAUAUGCAAUUGGCUCAUUCAAACAUGAUUUUUAAAAAUAAUUGAGGAAUACAUUUUCUGGGCAUUUCUCUGUUUUUGUACAUCAGAUUUUACAAAUAUUUUUAUAUUUACACCAUUAAGACUAAAGUGUUCUUUUUUAUUCAGUGUCUUCUCCACUGUAUCUAGUCAUCUCUUCCAUUAUCUUUGAAGUGUUUCUGAACGGUGUAGUAACAAAGGAACAGUCUACACUUGGUUGAAAAAUAUGUGUGAGCGAUUGUUUGCAAUCGGGAGAAAAGCUUUGGGUGCACAAGAAGUUCUUCUGUGCAGGUCCAAUCGAAAUCAGCCAGAGCGAUGCUCUUGCAGAGCUCCUGUCUGUGCAGAAGAGCUUCUUGCCAGACGCUGCCCCUGUGCUUGACGCUUCAGCGACUGCUUGUAACAGGAAAGAGUAACUUGCAGACUAUUCUUAUCUUAAAACAGUAUUUUUAUUACAUGCAUCUUUGUCUUUUCUGCUCCGUUUAUCUCUGUGUAAUUGACAAUAUUUUGACUAUCAUGGUAUAACCUGCGCUAAUAAACACGAUGUUUCUUUUUUUAGACUU